CAGUAAAACAAAUAAGUCAGAUGAACUAGAUAUGAAUUAUUACAAAUUCUAUUUUCCAAUACGAGCCACUGCCUAAGCCAUUGGUCAACCACACACUUGCCAUGAUUUUGUUAGGCUUAAGGGACCGCAAGUACUAAUUAAUGCUUCUCAUAAUAAGUGCUUUAGAAUGUUUAUUACUAGCCUUCUGCUAUGUUUCAGGACAAACUAGUUUGGAAAGGGUUUAAUAUUGAAGAAGAGGCUCAAGGAGCGCAAAGGCCUGUUAUUAGGCACUUUAAUGCCAGUGUAAUUGAUAACACCUUGGAGAUUCGCCUUUACUGGGCUGGGAAGGGGACAACACGCAUCCCUCUUUCAGGGCAUUAUGGUCCCCUAGUAUCAGCUAUCUCAGUCAAUCCGUAUAUGAAAUCUUGUUUAGGUGGGACUAAAAAGCACCCGAUUAUUUACAGUAUUGUUGGAGCAGUGAGUGCAGUUGUUGUCUUUUUCAUACUUGGCUUGCUAUGGUGGAAUGGCUAUCUACAAUGUAGAGGGGGGCAUGAUCCAGAAGUUGAUUCACAAAUGGUUACCUUUACGUUAAAACAAAUAAAAGUUGCCACCAAUAAUUUUGAUGCUUCAAAAAAGAUCGGAGAAGGCGGUUUUGGCCCAGUAUACAAGGGACGGUUAUCUGAUGGCACAUUAAUAGCAGUGAAGCAACUCUCAUCCAAAUCAAGGCAGGGAAACAAAGAAUUUUUGAAUGAGAUGGGCAUGUUUUCUUGUUUGCAACAUCCUAAUGUUGUAAAGCUUUUUGGGGGUUGUGUUGAAGGAGAUCAAUUACUGCUUGUAUAUGAAUACAUGGAGAACAACAGCCUCGCCAAUGUUCUUUUCAAGGAAAAUGAGUUGGUGUUAGACUGGCCAACAAGGUUAAAGAUUUGUAUUGGUAUUGCUAGAGGUUUGACUUUUCUGCAUGAGGAGUCCAGCCUCAGAAUUGUUCAUCGAGAUGUUAAAGCAACAAAUGUGCUUCUUGAUGGAAACAUGAAUCCCAAAAUCUCAGACUUUGGACUGGCAAGGCUCAAUGAAGACGAUAAGAGCCAUAUCAGUACUCGAAUUGCAGGAACAGUAGGAUACAUGGCUCCUGAAUAUGCACUUUGGGGUCACUUGACCUACAAGGCAGACGUCUACAGCUUUGGAAUCGUUCUGCUGGAAGUUGUUAGCGGGAAGAGCAACAAUAACUUUGCACCAAUCGGCAAUUGUGUUUGUCUCUUAGAUUGGGCUUGUUUCUUGCUGCUAAGUGGAAAGCCAGAGAAGAUGGCUGAUGAGAAAUUGGGAUCUGAUGUGAACAAAGAAGAGGUAGAAGGGAUUGUGAAAGUAGCACUUCUGUGCACCAGUGCCACUCCAUCACUAAGGCCAACCAUGUCUGAAGCUCUCGGUAUGCUUGAAGGGAGAAUUCGUAUUCCAGACGAACUCCCACAGGCCAGUACAUACACUGAAGAUUUGAGGCUUAAGGCCAUACAAGACCUUCGUCGUGAAAGACAAAGCUCCAACUCUGGCAUUGGUGGUGACUUUGCCGAGUCAUCGUCUUCCCAGAUUCUUGGAGCCAGUUUGGAAUCCGAGACACCGGGAAACUCUCUUUACUGAUCAUUAUUACGUGAGUUCAGUCAAUAAACCAGAGACGCGGCCGAAGUUUGGUGGCAAGAUUCUGUAAAUGUGAUGGCAACUAUUUCACUU